AUGGCCUUAUACAUCUCGAUUUUUCUUUUCCUCCCUUCCACAUCAACAGCCACUCUGAUAGCAGCUCUAGAUGGAGACCAGCAGCCUGAAAUGAGGAGAGAGCAGCUGAAAGAUGUUUCUAUGCCAGUGGAGGAUGAAGAUAAGGCUGUUGAAUCCAACAUGACAAGAAAAAGUGGAGAAAAACAUGGGACUGAAGGAUUGAUUCCAGAGAAGAACUCAGAGAAGGAGCAAGUGGAUGAAAAAGUAGAUAAAAUCAUUGAUGAUUUUGGAAAGACUGUUGGAGACGCCUUACAAGUUAAUGAAGGAUAUGAGGCGGAUAUGCUGACUCCAGAGAGAGUUUCAAAAGAAUUACAGGCAGAAAUGAGAAAAGAGGGAGAAACGGCACGCAAUACUCGUAUUGCAUUGAUAAAAGUUGGUGAAAAUGAUGACGAGUUGGAACGAGAGAGCAGGCUGGUUGGAGGGAUUGGACUUCAGGAGCCAAGGAGAGGAAGUGAGAGACCGGCGGAAGAAGGAAACAUAAAAGAUGCAAACACUGAUGAGUCAGUAGAAAAAGAAGAUCACACAGGCGUUAGUAAUCUCACGCCUCCUUUAAGGACACUCUCUGCACUGAAAAGGGAGGAAAUCAAGAUUCCUGCAACAAUUCAAGCUAACACUCAGACUCAAAAUCCUCCAAGUUCUCCUCCCCUUCAUCAUAAAGUCUCCCCGUCAGUCGUGGUCACAUCCACAGAAGCCCCUCAUGUCUCUACUCAAGUGUCUUUAGCUAGUCCUCAGUUUUCCCCUCUGUCCGUCACUCCAAACCCAGUCCCAACAGUGGACCCUGGUGUGAGGAGGUCUGUUUCUCUGCUUGAAGAUCUCCUCAGCGAAGUAUUACAAAAUCCUGGACACCAUCUCAGGCACAAUGAACUGGAGGAAAGGUCAAAUUUAGAUGCUGUACAGGUCAAAAAUAUGUUCUUACAACCAGUGAGGAAGGAGGAAACCACAGACCAAAUGAGCACAAGAGAGGCUGAAAGUAUCCCAAAGGUGCAAGCAGCUACGCCAAAACCCAAAGAUAUGAAAGAGCCACAUCCUGCUCCGAAAAUAAAUGAAAAUAAUCCCAGCGCCACACCAGUCGUGGUCAAUCCAAACACAAUCAAACCGACGGGCGAGCCCAAACUGGAGGGAAAAGACGCCAAAACUGCACUCAAGCAAAACAAAUCAUCCCCACCUCAACCACUACCGGCAAAACCUCCAACCAAACCGCAGCAAGGGACAAGAAAGGCCAAAAUAUCCUCAGUGAAGCUGGCAAAGAUGAACAAAAGCAGCAAAAAUAAGGUGGUGAAGAAGGCCAAAGAAAAGAAAAAGGACAAUAAAACCCAAAAACCACCAGAGAAGAAGAAGGACAUCACCCCAACACACUUUCCAUACUUCACGGAUAACUACUGUCCUCCUGAGUGUGCCUGCUAUGGGAGAGUGGUCCAGUGUUCAGACAAAGGUGUGGACCAGGUUCCAUACGGUAUUCCCUACAACGCUCGCUACAUCCUCCUCAUGAACAACCUCAUCACCAGCAUCCAGCUGGACCUGCUCAAUGAAUACGUCUCUAUGGAGUUCCUGGUGUUGAGCAACAAUCGGCUCACUAGCGGCGCCAUAGAAGGAUCCUUUGAGGGGAUACCAGCUCUGAAGCGGCUCUACCUGGACAGGAACCUUUUAGAAAGCGUGCCAAACGACCUCCCAGUGUCUCUGGAGGAGCUCCGUUUGGACAAUAAUCGUCUGAGUGUGAUGUCUGAGGCGGCCUGGGCUCGCUGCCCUGGACUUUUGGUGCUGAGCCUCAGCAACAACAGCCUGGGGAACGGAUCUGAAUCACUCCCUGAUGCCAUGCUCUCGCCUUUGUGCAACCUGCGCACGCUGAAUCUGGAUCACAACCAGUUAAAAUCAGUUCCUCUGGGGUUACCGCUUUCCAUCAAGGAGCUUUAUUUCAAAGGGAACCUGAUUGAGCACUUCAGAGGAGGAGCUUUUGAUGGAAAAUCAGAGCUGUUGGUGUUAGAUUUAAGCUCUAACAGACUCACUAACAAAGGCCUUCUUAGGGAGUCUCUUGUCAACGCUACUCACCUGGAAAGCCUCAAUUUAGAAGGAAACAGACUAAAACAAGUGCCAAAACACCUUCCACGCUCGCUCAAAACUCUGAAUCUGGAAGGCAACCUCAUAUCAUCUAUAAAGAAAGCAGUUUUCAGCAAUUUGAAAAACCUGGAACACCUGGGUUUAGCAAGAAAUAAAAUCUUCAAAGUGGCACCAGGGGCCUUCAGGGCUUUACCCAUACUGCACCAGUUAGACCUCUGCCACAACGUCUUACGCCAAGUGCCCAGACAGCUCCCACAAGCCCUGCACUCUGUGGCACUCACACAUAACCGGAUCCAAUCAGUGCCUCGAGAUGCUUUCUGCUGGGGGAAUAGGAGUCUGAGUCUCAGCGGGCUCGUACGAGUGCAGCUGGAACACAACCUAAUCGAUAUGGGACGGCUGGAUGGGCAAGCUUUCAGGUGCUUACGGGGAUUCCAGGUGGCGCACUUCUACUAAGCCACAGAAAAAAACACUGCACGGACAGUUUAUGCACAAAAUGAGAAUAAAUGCAUUUAUGGCUCUUAUUUUUCAAGACUUAUCCAAGAACUGUGCCGCGAGCCAACAAUGUAUUUAUUGAGUGUGAAAUUCAAUUUAUUUUUGUUGUAACCCACCCAAGCCUCACUCUUUGGCUGCUUUUAUGGCUUUCAUUUUCCUCCCACAGACUGUUUUUGCCAACAUGCCGUAAGGUUUGGAGAACAAUGCAUGAUUGUACCAGAACAGAACGGAGCAGCCAAGUUAUUGGUUACCAAACUGAUGUUAUUGCCAGACGUCAGUGGUGGAUUUCAUAACCAUCUUCCAAAACAGAGUCAUUAAGAUUAAUAGCCAGGCAGCAUUUGGUCUGCUUUAAUGAACUAACCAUCACUACAUGAAAAUAAACAGAGGACCUUGACGCUAAUCCUGGUGGUAGAUUUGAGUUGUCACGUCCCAAAAACCCAGCAAGGUUUCAACUUGCCAGCUGGUCAAUAGAGGGCGUUGGAGUGCCAUCCAACCCCCUUCCACAAGGAGAAUCACAGUCAUUCUGUUCUUUAGAUCUUGAUUAAAAAACAUUUUAAUUUGAUAUAGUUAAAGAGUAAAAUGUGUGAUAUGUAAUAAUGUAGAUUUAAAACAUUUGACGUGUUUACAGUGACUUUCUGGUCACAUGCAUUCAACUCUGGUGCAAAGAUCUUUCCACUGACUCUUGCAUAUGGUAUUUGCACAGGCUAAAGCCAACAAAACUACGUUAGCUGCUUAAGCUAUUUAGUUGACAUAGCUAUGUAGCUAACAUAGAUAGCAUUGCUUAAGCUAAUGAAGGUAUGUUAGCUGCAUUAGCUUAUGCUACUUUCACUCAUAGAUAAUAUGUAUCCAUGAUAUAGUGUAGGUAUCUGACGUUUAUAAAAGCUAACAUAGCAUGCUUCAGCUUCAAAGUUAACAUAGCUACGUAGCUAACAUAGAUAGCAUAGCUAAAGCUAAUGAAGGCAUGUUAGCUGCAAAAGCUUAUGCUACAUUCACUGAUAGAUGAUAUGGAUCCAUAAUGUAGAAUAGACAUCUAUGACAUUUACAGAAGCUAACAUAGCUAAGGCUAAAGCUCAUGAGGCUGCAUUAGCUAAUUGAGCUUCAAAGUUAGUAUAGCUACAUAGCCAUUUUAGAUAGCAUACCUAAAGCUAACAAAGGUGUGUUACCGCAUUAGCGGAUAGAUAACAGCUCGCUAAUAUUGGUAUGUUAGCUGCAUUAGCUUAUGCCACUUUGACUCAUAGAUAGUAUGGAUCCAUAAUAUAGAGUAGAUAUCUAUGACAUUUACAAAAGCUAACAUAGCUAAGACUAAAGCUAAUGAGGCUGCGUUAGCUGCUUGAGCUUCAAAGUUAGCAUAGCUAUGUAGAUAACAGCUCGCUAAUAUUGUUGUGUUAGCUGCAUUAGCUUAUGCUAUCUUCACUCAUAGAUAAUAUGGUGUGGACAUCAACAGCAAUUACAAAAGCUGAUGUAGCUACAUUACCUUUAGGUUUAGCUGUGUAGCUAUGUUACUAAUGAAGCCAAAUGAGUUAUGUUAGCUAAGUCGCAUUGCUAAAGCUAAAGUUUGUAGUUUUAUUGGCUUACCUAGUCACAUUAACUACAUAGCUAGCAUAGCUAUGUUAGCUUUAGCUAAAGCUGACUGAUCUAAAGUAAACCACUGUUAGCAAAACUGAUUCCAAAAUAGGUCUUUACAUCAGUUCACCCCAGAUUAGACCUCUCACCUUUUCUGUUUUAUUUAUGAAAUGUUGUUUAGUCUGUAAUAUUUUCAGUGUUAUUUCAUGAAUGUAACUGCCAGACUUAACUGCAUUUGUUUAUAUAAUUUAUAACAGUCUGAUGCAUGUAUAUUAUACAUAUUUUGCGUGUAUAAAAUGAGGACAUUACAUUUUGGCCUCCAGACAUAAAAUAAUUUCUGCUCUUAGAAUUUUAGGUAUGAUAGUCCAGAAUUUCCACUGGAGUUUAAGUUAUUUGCUUGAAAUGUUGGGAGAAUGGCUUUCAAUUUUUUAUUUUAUUUUUUUUGAAUAUGUUUGGGGUAUGUUUGUAUAUUUUGGAAAGCUUGAUUUAAAUUUUGGGGUGAUUCACUUUCACAUUUUUAGGUUCUGUUGUUGUUCUGUUGUUGGAAUUUGGAAAAUUUAUUUAUCAUUUUUUUGUGGGUUGGACUGGAGAAUUUGGGGUAAUUAUUACCCUACAAAUUUUUUCCUUACUAUUCAUGGAAAUUUUUUUUUAACGGGGGAAUUUGUUUGGAAAUUGUCUAUAUUUUUCCAUGUGAUUUUAUGGGAAUGUAUUUGUACGUGUUUAGGGGGAUUUAAUUGGAAAUCGUGACUUGAAUUUGCUGUGAAAUUUGGGUUAAAAAGCUUGAAAAUGUCAGGAGUUUCCAUGCAAUUUUUGGGGACAACUUUAUAUAAAUCUCUUGUCUUUUUCAGAAAGCUUCACUGAAACAUUUGGAGAUUAUUUGAAAAAUUUGUUGGUAGUGUUUUGGACAUAAAAGAGGGAGGGGCAGAAAUCAAAUCUAUAUUUUAUGUUUGUGCUGCUCUCUUUUAUUUCCACCUGUGAGCUAGCACUACACUAUGUUAAGUGUUGUCUUCAAAUAUCAAAGACACGUAAACUGACAAACAUUUAAUGUAGUGAUCUGUCCUGCUCUAUUAAUUGGA